CUUGUAGUCAACUGACGUCAGAGCAUUGGUCACGAACAGCUGUCGUGAGGGUCGGAGUUGGGGGGCGGUGUUAGAAACUCUCGAUCUGCAAAUCUUUUGUAGGGAUUCUCCCUGUCAGGAUGACUCUGCAGUGGACUGUGGUGGCUCUCUUUCUCUACGUGGAGAUAGCUCUCAUUCUCCUCCUCUGUCUACCCUUCGUAUCAGCCAAGAGAUGGAGGUCUGUUUUCAAUUUGAGUAUAUGGAAUUGGUUAUCUGCUUACUGGAACAAAUGCUUCUUUACCAUGAUCAUCAUCCUCAUAGUUCUCUUCCUGGAUGCCCUGCGUGAGGUGAAAAAGUACUCCGCUUCUGAACCCAUGCAAGAUGCCAAACUCAACCCCAACCUGUUUGACCACAUGCACAUGAAGCUGUUCAGAGCCCAGAGGAACCUCUACAUCUCAGGCUUCUCCCUGUUCCUCUGGCUAAUCAUGCGGCGCGUGGUCACACUCAUACAACAGGUGGCCAUCUCCACAGACAUGGAAGCCAGCCUGCAGGGGCAGACAGAGAGUGCUAACCAAUCAGCCAAGAAGUACCAGGAGGACAACCUGCGACUCAGACAGGCUCUGCUGGAUGAGGAAAAGGCCACCUCGGCACAAAACGAGUCCCUGAAGAAGGAGGCGGACAAGCUGGUGAAGGACCUGAAGGCUGGGGACGAUGCUGUAAGGAAGUCUCGGGCCGAAGUGGAGGCCAUGAAGAAACAGUCGGAAGGUUUGAUCAAAGAGUACGACAGCCUGUUGACAGAGCAUCAAGCUGUACAGAUUAUUUAUGAUGGAGCGGGAGACAAAAAGGAUAAAUAAUUCUGAACGGCACCCACGAUUACAUCGACGAAGACAAAAGCUUCCUGGAAACCUGUAUGUGGAUCUCUUUAAGCAAGUGUUUUAACCCAUCAAUAAAACAACAAUAUGGUCAAAGAUA